AUGCCGGCGGUUGGAAGGAACACUAAGAUGCAGCAAUGGCUGAAUUACCGAGUUAGAGUCACUCUACAUGACGGGAGAAUUAUGAUUGGUCAGUUCAUGGCUUUCGAUAAGCACAUGAACUUGGUCUUGGCUGAUACUGAGGAAUUCCGAAAAGUGCGGUCGAAGGGCGAGUCUGGGCUUGGGGAGGAAAGGGAGGUUAAGAGAAUGCUCGGCUUGUUGAUCCUACGUGGUGAGAAUAUCAUAUCAAUGACGGCGGAGGCGCCUCCACCUAAUGUGAAGAAAAGUGAAGGCCCCAUGGCCGGCCCUGGUCGCGGGCAUGCAGCUGGUCGUGGUGUCCCCAUUGCACCCCUUGGUCAAGCUCCUCAAGGCCUUACUGGACCGAUACGUGGUGUUGGCGGUCCUGCUCCUGCCCAGAUGGCUCCUGGUGCUCCCCCAGGGAUGCCUCCGAUGCCUGGCUUCCCCGGAAUGCCCCCACCCCCUCCUGGAAUGAUGCCUGGCAUGCCUGGACAAGGUCACUGAUCAGCAUUCCAGUAUCUUUGAAAUGGAUAGUGGGCACAUCCCGAGGAGUCUCUGGA